GACGAGAAGGCAAGAUAAGGAAAAAGAUGACGAGCUUCACCAUGGCGCCGAGACCGCUGCUGGAACUCGCGUGGGUCCUCCUGGUCGUUCUCGCGCCCCAAGUCCGAGGUCUAAUCGGCGACGAGGACCAGAGCCAGGACACCGAGUGCAAGAUGAAGAGCGUCACCGUGUCGGCGCUGCCGUUUCUGAGGGAAAACGACCUGAGCAUCAUGCACAGUCCGUCGGCCUCCGAGCCCAAGCUGCUGUUCUCCGUCAGGAAUGACUUUCCCGGGGAUGUCGAGGUGGUGGACGACCUGGAGAACACCGAGCUGCCCUUCUUCGUCCUCGAGAUCUCUGGGAAUUCUGAGGACAUCCCUCUGGUGCGCUGGAGGCAGCAGUGGCUAGAGAACGGCACCUUGCUCUUCCACAUCCACCACCAGGACGGCAGCCUGAGCCUCCCAGAGCCCACCGGGGACCCGGCCAACAACUCCAACAAAGAAGAGCUGCGCAUCCUGCACAUCUCUGUCAUGGGCGGGAUGAUCGCUCUUCUGCUGUCCAUCCUAUGCCUGGUCCUGAUUCUAUACACCCGCAGGCGCUGGUGUAAGCGCCGCCGCAUCCCCCAGCCCCAGAAGAGCGCAAGCGCUGAGGCCGCUAACGAGAUUCACUACAUCCCCUCGGUGUUGAUGGGAGGCCAGGCCCGGGAGAGCUUGAGGAACUCUCGGGGUCAGGGGCCAAACUCCAGCGGCACCCUCAGCAUCCGGGAGACACCGAUAUUGGACGGGUACAAAUACGAGUAUGACAUAACAGACCUGCGCCACCACCUGCAGCGGGAGUGUAUGAAUGGUGGGGAGGAGUUUGCCAGCCAAGUCACCCGUACCCUGGACUCUCUGCAGGGCUGUAACGACAAGAAUAGUAUGGACCUUACACCGGUGAGUGACAACACCAAGCUGGCCCUGAUGAACAAGUACAAGGACAACAUCAUUGCCACCAGUCCCAUCGACAGCAACCACCAGCAGAACACCCUGCUGCCACACAACACCUCCACCAACCAACGCAAGCGCCUCUCCAGCAACACCCGCGCGGGUUCAACGUUCCUGAACCCAGAUGGGGACUCUGGAACAGAGGCAGACAGCGAGCCUCAGCUGGCUUUUUACACUGACCCAAACCGCAGUCGCCGCCGGAGUCGGGGUAUGAGAAACGGUAACGCCAACAGCGCGUGGGGCUCAGGGGCAGGUUCCCCGCGGAGCCCCAUCAAUAAGACCACCCUGACUUUGAUCAGCGUCAUCAGCUGCGUGAUCGGCCUGGUCUACUCCUCACACAUGUCCUGCAACCUCUCGGUGCGGGUGAUCCUGCAUGUGCCAGAGCAUCUCAUAGCUGACGGAUCCAGGUUUAUUUUGCUGCAGGGGAGCCAGCUGGAUGCCUCAGACUGGCUGAACCCAGCACAGAUCUUGUUGUACUACCAGCAGAAUGCCAGUGGGCUCUGGGUUGGUGAGCUGUGCGGACGACGCCUCUUGGACCCGUGUGAGCACCAGUGUGACCCUGAGACAGUGUUGUAUAAGCCCAGGCCGGUGCCCUUCAAUUGCCUCCUAUUGAGCAGGAGCGGAGCAUGUUGUACACGUUACCCCCGAGUAACCCUCUCACCCGCAGGUGAAUGCCUUUGCCUUGAUGGCUACAUGAAGGACCCGGUCCACAAGCACCUGUGCAUCCGCAGUGAGUGGGGGCCCAAUCAGGGUCCCUGGCCCUACACCAUCUUCCAGCGCGGUUUUGAUCUGGUGAUGGGAGAACAGCCCUCUGAUCGCAUUUUCAGAUUCACGUACACCUUAGGAGAAGGGAUGUGGCUGCCGUUGAGCAAGAGCUUUGUCAUCCCGCCCGCCGAACUCGCCAUCAACCCCUCGGCCAAGUGCAAGACGGACAUGACCGUCAUGGAGGACGCGGUGGACGUACGAGAGGAGCUGAUGGUUAGCUCGUCCUUUGACUCGUUGGAGGUCCUCCUUGACUCCUUUGGGCCCGUCAGAGACUGCACCAAAGACAACGGAGGCUGCAGCCGCAACUUCCGUUGCAUAUCGGACCGAAAGCUGGACUCCACCGGAUGCAUGUGCCCCCCAGGGUUGAGCCCUAUGAAGGAUGGGACCGGGUGCUACGACCACCACAUUGGCAUCGACUGCUCCGACGGGUUCAAUGGAGGGUGUGAGCAGCUGUGUCUCCAGCAACUGGCUCCUCUAGAGGAUGACCCGACUCUGUACAACAUCCAGAUGUUCUGUGGGUGCAUCGAGGACUACAAGCGUGGUGCAGAUGGGAGGUCGUGCCUGCCGCUGUCUGAGGCCUGCACUGAAGGGAUAGACUGCGCUGAGGCGGUGGACAUCCCCGCCAACCAGACUGUGUUCGGAGACCUAUUUUACGGGUACAACAACCACAGCAAGGAGAGCACCUCGGGACAGAUCCUCAAGGCCACAUUCAGGCAGAAGAACUUUGCCCGCGGCAUCGAGCAGCAGCUCCCAGAUGGCAUGGUGGUGGCAUCGGUGCCAACGGAGGUCCAGUGUCACGAGGAGUUGUCGGACCCCGUUCCCGACCCAGAAUACCUCACUGGCAUGGUGAACUACAGCGAGGUGUCUGGCUACCCGCUCGUUCAGCACUGGAGUCUACGCUCGGUGCUCUACCACGUGAAACUUAAUCAGUGGGUCCUCUCUCAAGCCUUCAGCUCAGCCAUCCACUCUCUGGAUGGGGCGACGCAGCGGAGCGACUUUGUCUCCAUUCUCAGGGAGUUUGGGAACCACUACGUGCAAGAGGCGAUGUACGGCUUCCAGGAGUCCUGUACCAUUUGGUACCCCAACAAACAGGUCCAGAGACAGCUAUGGCUCGAGUACCAGGAUAUUAGCAAAGGUAACUCACCCUCAGAGGAGUCCGAGGAGCGCGACAAGGAGCCCAGGACGCUGACCUACCCCGCGUACAUCGCCAGUCUGCUGGACACGGGCGCCAAGCGCAUGGCCGCCGGCGUCCGCAUGGACUGCAACAGCCAGGGCCAGUGCCCGCGCUCCUGCCACCUCUGCCACAUGAGCCCCAGGGUGGUGCAGGGGCGGCAGCGGUCCGAGCCCGUCCUGCUGCAGAUUACCAAGGCCGCGCCCAUCUACGAGCUGGUGUCCAACAACGAAACCUACCAGUCUCUACAGGAAGCGAUGAUGAGCAUGCUGUGGUGUUCUGGCAAAGGUGAUGUCAUCGAUGACUGGUGUCGGUGCGACUCCAGUGCUUUCGGCUCAGACGGACUGCCCACAUGCGCCCCACUUCCCCAGCCAAAGCUGAAGCUGUCCUACACCUAUGAGCCCAGCAGCUCAUUGGUCAUCAUGGAGUGGAACCACACCGAGCCCCCGAUCGGCGUGCGGAUCGUGGAUUACCUCAUUAGCCAGGAGAAGGUGACGGAGAGGACCGACCACUCCAAAGUUGAGACCGAGACCCUUUUGAGCUUCGUGGACGACAUCCUGUCUGGGGCCAGGUCUCCAUGUGUGAUGUUAGGGGACAUCCCCAACCUGCUGUCCUCAUCGAUCAGCAUGAUCAUCCGCUGCCUGGAGCCUGAUGCCACAUAUAUGUUCCGGCUGUGGGCGGUAGACAACACAGGGCGCCGUUCCAAUCCAAGUGAGGUCACCAUAAAAACGCCAUGUCCAACUGUGGAUGACGUCAAAGCACAAGAAAUAGCCGACAAGAUUUACAACCUAUUCAAUGGCUACACCAGUGGGAAGGAGCAGCAGACGGCCUACAACACUCUGAUGGACCUGGGCGCUCCCACGCUGCACCGCGUGCUCUACCACUACAACCAGCGCUACGAGAGCUUCGGGGAAUUCACAUGGAGAUGUGAGGAUGAGCUGGGACCCAGGAAGGCCGGCCUCAUCCUCUCCCAGCUCAAUGACCUGUCCCCGUGGUGUAAAGGUCUUCUUCAGGAGCAGAAGAUCGGCCUCCGCAGGAUGUCCCUCAAGUUCCUGUCCUGCCGCUACACCGACACCCGGGCUUUUGGGUUGAACUGGUCCAACAUGGGCCAGGACGUGCACAAGGCCUGUGACGAGCAGACGCUCACCGUCAUGUACAACGACUACGGCGAGCCCAAGGAGCUGUGAAGUUAUUAGAGACUUUUAGUUUGGGUGUGAGUAGGAAUGUGGGAGAGUCAUACCUAGCAAAUAAAAUACAGGUUUUACGUUUGUUUCAAUGAGCUAUAUGCAUUGGUGUAAAUUACUUGAAAUUCCAACCGCUCUAUUUAGCUUCCCACGUUAUUGGUAAAUGCAUUCAAAAGAUGAGUCUGAUAUGAUGCGCAUCACAAUAUGACUCUACUAAGCUGACACUGCAGCUUGGUCGAUUCAUAGCACUUUGUUCUUGCUGAAGUCCAUUCCUCCCUCAAUAUGAUGAUUCAGCAAGUGCUUCAUGUUUUCUUUGUCAUGACCUUUAGGAUCCAAGGGCAAGACACUUGCCCUUGGAUCAUGUACCUUUCCAGCUCUCUGCUUUUGGUGUGUAGACAUUGGGAGGAAUGAGAGGCAAACUGUAAUUGCAGCUAUUUACUGUGAAACUAAAUAUAUCAAAUGUUUAUCUAAACACCAUGUCCGCCCUUUUUACAAGAUUCAUGCGUUUUAUUUUAAUUCAAUUCAUUUUAUUUUGUUGAGCCCAAAAUCGCAAAUUAUAAAUUUGCCUCAGAGGGCUUUACAGUCUGUACACAUGCGACAUCCUCUGUCCCGAAAACCCACACAUCGGCACAGGAAAAACUCCCCAGAUCCAGAUUUGUUUUAAAUUGAAUAUCUAGUUAACAAUUAGUGUUACAUUUUGCAAAACAGGAAUUGACUGACCACAACCAGAAUGGAUCAGAAAUCAUUUUAGUAACCAAGAUGCCUUUUGCAGCUUGUCGUGCCAUGGUUUUUUUUGGUUCAAAUGCAGAAUGACCGGAAAAAAUGAAUCUUACAUACUGUGUUGACAUUAAAUGCAAUUAUCUUAGAAAAACGAGAACAAAACAUGCAUUUUAUUUCAUUGUAUUUCUUUGCCGACUCAAGAGAUUUUCUUUUUUUACCUUUUUAUUGCAAAAACCUUUCUUAUUAAAUACUCAAUUUAGUCAAAUCGUAAAAUAUCUCUGUGAAGAAGAACCACAAACAAAUUACUGAUGUCUAGUGGCCGAAAUAAACAUAUUAGAUACAGUUAAUAGCUCCUAACUCUAACUUAGUCGCUUUGUUAUGUUAAAGAGGAUGGAGACAAGGUUCCAAGAUUCAUCAUAGCUUCAGUUUCACAAGACAUUGGUUCAUAUUUCUGGCAUUUAUCAGAAAUAACCACACACUGCUGAUGAAGGUGUCACGUGUAUCUCAGCUUUGCGAUGUUUUCACUUGCCUUUUUUACAUAUUUCCCUAUAAAGUCGGCCUCAUCGUAGUACCCACAAACCUGGUUUGGUCAUUCCAACUGCUACGUAUUUUAGAAAAAGGCUUGUAGCGACACCGGGGGAAGAAAGAGUAUAUAGAGUAAUGAAUACUCUAUAUUUAUAGCUGGCUAGCUGGCGGUAGCAUAGGCCUUCGAAAUAAACCUUGUAAAUAGCAAUAUCAUAAUGUUUUAGCGAUAUAUCCUGCUGAAUGUACUAUUGAAUGUUUGCAUUUCUAAACAAAGUGGUUUAUACUGGUAACACAGUGAAAAAUGUCUUUGAGGGUAACUUUGCUGUUUUCAGGCUCAACUCUUAUUUCCCAAUGGUUUUUUUGCCAUUUGACUACAAUUUUUCUGCUCCAAAACUGCAGAUUUUUUUUCACAAUCCUAUUAAGACUAAAUCAACCCCAUACGUUUGCACUGAUCAGUCAUGGUUUGGGAUCUGCACCUUAUGUGCGGUGGCAGUUUUAACAAUUAAUUCAAAUUGAGUAGAAGAUGAAGCAGAAGAACCGAACAUUUUUGCCACUUUGACAUAAAAACCUCUGAAAAUAGCACCCAAUUACCAAAGUUCUGCUUUAAUGUUUUUAACUGCUUCUCUGUGGAUUAAAACCUGCAAUAAUGUCUUUGAACGGAUUUAACUGUAAUUUCUAUUACUGUGCUUUUAUUGUGAGUAUAUUUUGACUUUUGCAUGGCCCCUGUUAUUAUUAUAGUAUUCUUGUGCAGUGGCCAUGUUCGAGAUUAAUGUUGAUGAAAUGCAAAUUGUACAUUAGCAGUUGAUUUUUAACAAAUCUUAUAUGUGAAUACUAAAAUGAACACUUGUAGAUUUUUGUAUAGGCAGCAGAGUAUUCAUGAAUACAUCACAUUACAAGCGCAGUACAGUGUUUUUCUUCUGUAUUGAUGUGUACAACAGUGAUAUUUUACAUUUGUUUGUGCUUCAGAAGACAAUAUCGUCUCGUUAUAUCUGUUGUGUAGCGUAGCAGUUGGAUUAAUUAUUAAAGUUGUGAUGUGAAGAGCGGAGGGAUUUCUCAAAGGAUUCAACUUGAACAUUUGAUGCAACAAGAUGGAAACCUUUAGGAAAUGUGAACCAACCAAUAUCUGCAUGAUAAUAUUUUGUCUGUAACAAUCAUAAACUUCACUUUUUCACAUUGGUCUUUACUAUUUCAAAGGACAAUAAAGGAAAUGUUAUAAAAAGUG